AUGUCUCCAUGUUCAUUUUUACAAUUCAUUAUGAGUUGUUUCAUUAUUUAUUGCAAUUUCAAAGUUGAAAGUUUCGACCAAAGAGUAUACCACAUAGCCAGCAACAGCAACGUUGAUGUUAUUGAUGUGAGACACAACUUCAGCACGUUUCCCAGCAAGAGUGAUUUAAGGACUGGUGUUCUUUCUCGUAACGCCUGCUCAAUCCUCUGCAGUCUGAAUACAUUAUUUGCUUGUAAAGGAUUCGAAUACAGCAAAGAAACGAAAGAAUGCAAGUUGGUUUCUGGAUUUUUGUCGGGUGUUUCAACCGGGGACAAUCUUACCCGUUAUCGGCUGAAGGAAGUUUGUCCUCAAGGCACGACCUACGCAUCUUCAAUAAAAUCAUGCCUCAUUUUGAAGACAACAAAAAUGACUUGGUCAGAUGCCAGAGAUGCGUGCAACGGAAUGCAACUGAAUUUCCAUCCCAUAACACUUGAUACUCCAGAGGCAAAUCUGGCACUGAGAACUCUUUUGAUUUCUCUUCCUUCAACAACAACUUCUGGUUGUCAAAAUUGGGCCGACUGGACUGUGUGGACCUCUGGCAGAACAUUACUCAGUAGCAGACCCAAUUUUUUUUGGCAACCUUACAAAGAUGGGACCAUCUUUUCGAUUGUUGGAUAUAAGAACUGGUCUUCUGGUCAACCAGAUUUUCUUUAUUACACAGGCUAUGGCUGUUUACAUCCCUUCUUGGACACAUUUGAGUGGGAUGAUGUUAGUUGCGACUGCAUGUGGUGUGUCGUCUGUCAACUCGAUCUUUAUUGA